AUGGAUUCCAUUGAUAUCACUCGCUUUUUGAUCGACACCUUUCAUGAUGUGCCUUAUUACGUAUUACCUGAAGUUCUACAUCAAAUGGGAGAUUCGGCUAGAAACAUGGUUGCACUCAACACCGAAGGAUGUGGAAUGUUGCAUAUGAAUGUGUUGCUUCAGAUUGUUACUAGAGUCGAUCAAUUUGAUCUUAAUUGUAUUGGUCGACAAAAUAUGGGAUUUUCACCGAGAUUGGAUGUUGAAACUACUACCUUAAAGUCUACGGAUCAAUGUUCAAUUUGUGUGGAAGAAUUUUGCAAAGGAUUCCGUAAAGAAUGUCUUAUCAAGUAG